UCACAAUUUUAUAAUAAAUAGAGUAAAGUGCAGUGUCCAAGUGAAAGUGCGCGUAAACGCAAACAAGAAAGCCAAUCCAAUCCCCUCCUGCGCUGUAACGUUAAAAACAGAGUUGCAUGUGAAACGGCGCUCCAAUGAAAAUGGAAGAUCCCACCAUCGCCGACACAUAUGUGCAAGAGUUUAAUUUGGAUCAUCUGGGUGUAGGCGUUGCCGGCAAUUCUGUAACAGCUCUGACGCCCGUAGUAGCUGUGGGUCAUGUGAAGCGCGAAGAUCACAGUCCGCCGCAGCCAGUCAAAUGGACAACAGUGCAUGGCGCCGAUCCGCCAGCAGAUGAUGAAUCUGAGCCCAUGCCCCAACCGCUGCCCAUAUCCGUAGUCGAUGGCCCUGGCCCUGGCCCUGGCGGUGAUGUCUCCCAGCUGGCAUCCGUAUCGCACAUUAAGCUGCGUUCCUUUUCGGGCCACCAAUGGCACAUGGACGAGCGCCGCUUGCAGCCGCUAAGUCCGCCGCCUGAAGGCUACGUGGGCGGUCCCAUGGGCGGUCAAGCUGUGCUGGUGAAUACAACCUCCUCCUCAACUUCCUCUGCUGCGGCCGUGGCUGUUGCUGCUGCUGCAGUUGCCGCCACCUCCUCGGUGCCGGUGGGCGUGCCCUCCACACCGCCAGAGACGCCGCCAGUUGUGGGCUCGCCCACAGGCAGCAGCAGCUGCCCCAGCCAGGCCUAUGCGCAUCAUUAUCACGCCGGACGCACUGCUGCCAGCGCCAAUGUAGCAGCAGUGGGUCUUAGCCAGGAGAUGAUGUGGCUGCCCAACUCCAUGCGCACGGAUCAACAGCCGCUGGACCUACGCCCGCUGGCCUGUCCCGGCUCACAAGAGGAGGCAGAGGAGUGGGAGCGCCAGCGGGAGUAUGCUAUGCAUUUGGCUGCCUCACAUCAUCAUGGACAUCCGCUCAUGCAAAGCCAUCAUCCGGCGCGUCAUAUGCAGGCGCAGCUGCCCACACACCAUGCACACCAUCAUUUUCACAGCCUCGAACACCCGCUGCCCAUCAACAUGCACUCCAACUCAAACAACUCCUAUGCCGGCAGUCCAGCACCUGGCGCCGGCACCGGCACCCUUACUGGCCAACUGACAUUCUCCAAUUGCGGUCCGCAGCUGGCCUCAACGGGCAGCAGCAGUGGCGCCAGCAGCGGCUCCAAUUCGCGCGGCUGUGUUCGGUCCCUGAUGCAGCCCUGUCGCCCGCUCUCGGCCAGCUCGACACGCUCCUCCAUAAACUCGCCGCGCACCUGUGGCGGCUACAGCAAUGCCACCACCGAGGAUCCGCUGGACGAUGAUCAGCUGACGAGCUUGACGGUGCGUGAGCUGAACAAGCGUCUGCAUGGCUGCCCACGCGAGGAGGUAGUGCGUCUCAAGCAGAAGCGGCGCACGCUGAAGAACCGCGGCUACGCACAGAACUGUCGCUCCAAGCGCCUGCACCAACGGCACGAACUGGAGAAGGCCAAUCGUGUGCUCAAUCAGGAUCUGCAUCGACUCAAGCUCGAGUAUUCACGCGUCUGUCAGGAGCGGGAUGCGCUCGUCCAGCGUCUGCAGCAGCAGCAGCGAACGAGCGCCGCUGCCGCUGACAGCCAAAGCUCACCGGAGUUUUAUCUAUGACGCCAACUGGCGGCGGCCUCAACAGCUUCCACCAACAACAACAACAAUAGCUCCUCGCAUCAGCUGCAGCAGCCGCACCAGCUGCAGUUGCCACAACAAGAACAACAACAACAACAACAUCGUGCCUCGCAAUUACACACGCAUACACACACACAGUGGCCGCCACAGCAGGUUGUCAACUAGGUGGAUACCAUGAGAAGAGUUCGAUAAAUUGAGCAAGAACGUAGAGCAAAUAGAGCACAAGAGUUUUACAACAAUUUUAAAACAUUUCUCUAAAAUUAAUUUUGUCUGAUUUUUGUUAAGGUCAGUUUCCAUAUCAUCUUAUGUAUAUCGAAAAAGAUCUAUCAUGGCAUCUCCUUAGAACUUGAAGCUAUCUCACUCUGCAUUUAUUCCAUACAGUUUUCCAUUGGAGCAUUUUUUCGCUGACAAUAACGUUAUACUUACUAUUUCACAACUAAUUUAAGUUCUUGUUAGGUUUGUGGAUCGUUGCGAUUUGUUGCGGUUUGCACUUUGGCUGAUAAUCAUUUUUUGUAGCGUGAAGUCGCACAAUCCGAGCAAACAAAAAUAAAAUUAUUAUGUAU